AUGGGGUUUGUUGAAGACGUCUUGAUAGUAAGUCAUUAAACCGGCAAUCCCUAGAUAUAACCGCUUCGUAUUUUAGUACAUCUUGACCCCUGUGUCUACGAAUAUUUGUCGGAUUCCAAAUCACCAAUGGGCGGACAUGACGCCAUGCCAAUACCGGGUUCUCUUCUUCUUCACUACUCUCCCCAUUGUUCUUUCGCUGUUCCUCUUCGUAUUCGUUGUCAAAUUUGAUCGACUGGUCGAUGAAUUCCUCCUCGUAAGUAGUUUAUUUUUUGCUACCAAAGGAAAAUACAAGGACUGUGAUGACUUUAUUUCUGGCUUAGCGUGACGACAAUUCUAUUGUGAAGCGAGUCCUCUUCCGAAUUCUGAGAAUCCGAACGCACGAUGAACUGGAAUGUGCCGAAGGCGGAGGAGAAUCGAGACACUGUUACUGUUGCAGUUGUGAAGAUGAGUAG